AUGACCUUGGGUCUGCUUGGCAUGCGUAAGUCCAAGAGUUCGGUUUAUCACCCGGCUGGUAAUGGCCUUGUGGAACGUUUUAAUCAGACAUUUCUGAAGAUGCUACGGACACAUGUUGAUUCUGUCUAUGAUUGGCAACGACAUCUUGGCUCUAUGGUUUGGUACUACAAUACAAGUAUUCACUCUGCGACUAAAGCAUCACCGUUCUACUUGAUGUAUGGACGCUCCCCACCAGACCUAUGGUUCCCUGAUUUAGAAAGCACUGAGACGAGGUUCUUCGACCCCGACUCGUACGCCCGCUAUCUAAGUGCCACUCGUGCUAAGAUCCUCGACAAUGUGGAUGAAUGUGUCACUCAUGCUGCAUCUGUGUACAAGGCUACCUUCGAUUCUAAGUCUAAGCUGCGGUUAUUUAAACCAGGACUAAGG